CUAUUAAAAUCACAGCAUAGAUUGAGAGCUAAAGAUCAAGAUGAGGACCAAGAUGAGGAUCAAGACCAUAACACUGAAGAUGGCAGCGAGCAGUGCAGAGACCUCGCUGGAGAAAAAUGAAUUUACUCCUAAUAUCAGCACCAUGCCUCCGAGACCAGAGGUGACGUACAACUGGAUCAAUAUAACUUCAGAGUUCUUCCACGCUACUAAAGACCUGCAGCUGGGAGAACUUCUGCAUGAUGACAUCUUUGGGUUGUUUGAGGCCAUGUCUGCCAUAGAGAUGAUGGACCCCAAGAUGGAUGCUGGCAUGAUGUGCAACAGAGGGAAGAAGGUUCUCAAUUUUGAUCAGGCUGUGAAGGCUGGUGCUCUGAAGCUCAACAACCUUACCAUGGAGGAACUUGUUGGGAUCAUGGACUCAAUGCUGGCCUGCCUUGUCACCUGGCUGGAAGGACACUCAGCAGCCCAGACCAUCCUUACCUGCCUCUACCUGCACAAGCCUCUUAGCAUUGAGGACAGAGCACUGAGAGCAUUCUCCAUACAGACUCUGAAGCUCAUUGCCAUAAUUAACAAUGUUGUUCAUAGUGCUGGUGUGUUUGAAGAGGAGGACUUCCAGCCAGCCUUAUAUGGAUAUGGGGUGUGCUCCGAGGUGUCUGAGGUGCGGGCAGGAGGCAUGAUGAGGGAGGUGGAAGAGGAGCUACAGAGGGCAGUCAAGGCCACAAGGAACAGACAAGGAGAGCCAUGGGAUCCCAAGAUGCAGAAACAGCACGAAGAUGCAGUGGCACUCUUCUCAAGAAUACGCUUCAUGCGGCUGUUCUAUGCUGCACUGGCUGCCAUAAUGAGAAGAGAGCCUGUGUCCAUCCCUGAGGCAGAGAGGUGCUUGGCGUCGUGCAAUGAGCUGGUUUGUAUAAUGCAGAACACCAUUGGUCGAGGGCUGAAACCCAAGCAAGCCAAAGACGAAGAAGGCAAUAAAGUGGACUACCCAGUAAUCAUGGGGUUUGAGCCUCUCGUCAACCAGCGCCUCCUGCCGCCCACCUUCCCCCGCUACACUCGGCUGAGGACACGCAAGGAGGCCAUGAACUACCUGGAGGAAAUGGUGGCCCGCCUGCGUCACAUCACCAAGAUCACCCACUGCACUAGCUUCCACUCAGCUCUGGAAUUUAUUGAGAAUUUUUCUGAGACUCGACCUUGUGUGUUGUCUCGGUCCCUGGCACAAGUCCUGUACCUGGGUGGGGAGAAGCUGUGGGGUGGCCAGGCAAUGGCAGAGGCCCUUAGAGAGGCUGCCAGAGGAUUUAUAUGUCCCCCUGCUCUCCUGCCUAAAGCACCAGUAAUGAACAAUACUCAGGCCAGAGACUAUGUUGACUCGUUCUUCAACCGAUGUGUGCGUCCCUUUGAGCAGCUGGUCCAGACGUGUGGCCACAACCGGGCACGUCAGAGGGAUAAAGUGGCCCAUCUCUUAGAAGAGUUUGCAAUGCUGCAGGAUGAAGCUGAUAAAGUGGAUGCAUACCUACAUAAUGUCUUGUUGAAGAGUGACCAGCCAAGGCCUCAUUUAGCCUACCUGGGCACCUGGGUCUUGUAUCACACACUAAGGCUGAUGAUCAAGUACCUGCUGACAGGAUUCACCUUGGAGCUUUAUGCUGUACAUGAGUAUCACUAUGUCUACUGGUAUCUCUAUGAGUUUGUGUACGUAUGGCUGGUGAGUGCAUUGUCCAGAGCGGAUGCAAUGCUGCUGGAACAGGACGGCUACGACACAAACAGAGGGGGAAAGAGUGGACGUUCAUCGAAAAACAAAAAUAGAAACAGAAAAAAGCAUCGACCAUAUGGAAAGGAAAUCACGUACAACCAGGCUCUCCAGCAUCUGUGUGGAGGAUAUUAUAAGGCAAUGUUGGGUUUGAGAGAGGCAGGGAAAGUCAAGUUACCACUUCAGGAGUUUGACAGUGAGCAGGUCCGUUACGAGCACCGGUUCCUGCCGUUCAGCGUGGUGAUGACUCCGCCACCAGUGCACUAUGACCAGUUCCUCUCCAUGACCGACCUCUCAAACUUCUCGCAGCCAGUGUCACCAGCCACACUCUUCCAUGACGCAAGGAAUCACUUCUUCAAGGCACGUUCUCUUCUUGAAACUAUACAUGCCCCAAGUACUGAGGUUCAGCAGCUGCUGAAAGUUGUGAAGACGAACUUUGUUGUCAUGAAACUCCUUGAAGGCGGCCACAAGGCUGACGACCCCACUCGCCCUCAGUUUGACUUCACCACUCACCCGUGCUUUCCCAUCAUCAAGAUUUAGCAGAAAGUUGUUAGGAAGCGAGUUCCGAAGGAGCUCCUUCCUAUCAAUGAGACAGAAGAAGGUAGAUAAUCUGGAUUUAAGAUUUAUUACAGGAAGCAUCUAUUUUUGCACAAACCAUAUUUACCACCAUUGUAGAAGACAAGAGCUCUAGAGUAUCAUCACCUUGAAUGGAAUGAUUUGUAAAUACUGAAGAUACUAUACUAUAUUUAGCAUACAUGAAGCACAAUUAGUCUGCAGAUUGUGUAAGGUUUUAUAUGCAUCUAAUCCUGUAUUUAUGAUCUGUAGAUUCCACUUUCCUAAAUGCAAACUUUAACAGGAAACAUUUGAAAGGAUACUUGAAGCAUAGGAUUUAGGCUUCAUGGCGAAUACAAUGUUGCUUCCAAGAUGCUGGUAUUUUUGAAGUGCAUAAUAGCAUCAUGUGUUUUCUUUCAAUAGUCUGAGAACAACAGUACCUCAGAUAUUUGGAAGAAUUAAGGAAACUGACUAAAGACUAAGAAGAAAUAUUCACAUCAUGAAAGACAUAACUUAACCUACCAUAUCUAACUACAUACGAAAGUGGUAUGAGACUGCUCUGUGGAAGUAGAAUGCCACACUGUAUAGUCAGAGCUAAGAACACAUGCCUGAGGGGACCAACAGCUGUACAAGGGCAAUGAAAACCCUUCACACUACAGCACUACAGCAGGUAAAGCUCAGACAUCUAGUUGCAUCCCAAACUCAUUUGUCCUUAGCUUUAAUAAUGGGACUUAAAGCUUUGAUCUGUCAGGACAUGGGCAGCCAGUCAGCCAAGAUCAUUGAGUUGCUGUUGCUGGAGAAUAUGCUAACAUGCUGUACCUAUCUUGAGCCAAGACAAGCAGCAGUGAAAAAGCAUGAAUUGUGGCCAGUUAUUUGUGCACAUCUGCAGUAGAGGAACACCUGUAAUCAAGUGAAAUGUGCUCUCUCAUGCCCAGUGUAAUAUGCACCUUGUAUGUGUAAUUUAAUAUAUACAGUAGUAUUUGUAUAAAAUGUGUGAUUGGAGAAUACUAUACUCUCUGCAGGAUAAAAUGUAUGUUCUCACUGAAAAAUCUUUGUUGUUUACAUUGAAGGGAAAUAUCAACUCAGCGGCAAGAGAGAAUUGAUCAUUUGAAGUCAGUACUGGCAGUUCAGUAAUGGAUAUCAAAACCAGUCAUCUGAAACAAAGCUGCUGACUUCUUCAGUGUAUGGUGUUGACUAUUUAUUCAUGGAAAUAUCUAGUACUUAUAAGUUAUUGUGCUUAUUUAUUUAUUUUUCCACUGAUAUUCAGCUGUGAUAUAAUCCAUCACACCAUACAUUGUUUUUAAUAGUAAAGUAAAUAUUUCCCAACACAUUAAGUUGUAUUCCAUGUUUUAAUUACUUCACUUUCUAAAAGCAUUUGAACUUAAGGGUAAUAUAUCUAUUUUACUGUAACAUAUGUUUUUGACUUCAUUGAUCAUGUAAUACACUGUCUUGACAUUAUAUCAAUGGUUACUGCCUACUAAUUUUGUUUCUUAAUAUCAGUCAGUUCCAAGAAGAGCUCAUACAGCAUCAAAACACAGGACUUAUCUGUGCUUACCAUUGAUGAAGAUACCUGAUCUCUGAUGUGUAACUGUAUCCUUCUGCAUAAUGCAAUGUUAGAUUUGAGAUAUAAGGUGGCAAUAUCAGUGUUCCUUCAUCAGUUAUCAGGAUGAAAGUAUUCCCAGAGAAGCUGCUUUCGGCACCAGAAUGUGUGAGGAAAGAGGGAAUCCUUCAGUCACCACAUAUUUCUUACAAAGCCUAAGGUGUGCAGUGUUUGUGUAGGCAUUUGUGUUGGACUAUUAGAAUGUUGGAAUCUCAUAUCAAGACCAUGUAUUGCAGCUGCAGUAGAAAAGGUGACAGUGAUGGUGAACAUUUAGAGGAAUUCUGCAUGAAGUGACAGGCAAGAAGUCUUGUACAGUAAAACCACCAUAAAUUGGCAUGAUAUUGGCUUGGCCUCCAUCAUUUUAUAGAAAUUCUUACUCAUGAAAAGUGCCUCUACAAGCCUUUGGAAACCCCUCCGACAGGUAAGGACCUUUUUAUUUAUAUUUCUUUGUCUUCAGAUUCAUCCCUUUUUUCCUUCUCGAAUUUUAUGCUCCACCUUGCUCUUAAGACUUGGCACUGAGAAGGGCUGCUGGCUCUGGUGUUGGUUUUGGUUGAAGGUUGGGAGGUCCAGUCUUUGCAAGGACAUUCAUCUCUUGUGGUCUUAUUUAUGGUUCCUCUUUGUGGUCUGAUAUGCUGUCCUAUUUCUCUCAAAUAUCACCUAAUUUUCCUUAUAUUUCUUCUUUUGGUGCUACUUAUGUCAAAAAGAUUACCAAUAAUGUGAUCUUCAUUUUCAACAUACAGUCUUUAAAUGUUUUUAAUUCCGAUUUAUAAAUGUCAUGGAGGUUUUAGUGCAUUUAGUAUCGUUGUGUAGAAAGCUUUUCUUCCAUAUAUUACAUAAUACAGAGAACAAUAUGCAACCUGAUCUUUCAUCAUGUAGUUCAUCGUUCAGUCAUACUUGAAGUGUGCAUCACAUACGAGGUUGUGUUAAGUUGUGUUGGGUCAGAUAGUAAUGCCUUUCCACUUUGUGUUUGUCCCAUCUAGCUUCAAUCGUGUGUCAAUUCAUAGAAAAUGUUGCCCAUACAGAUAUACUAAGCAUGUCACUAAAGAACUGAAUAACUUUGAAAUUAAGCUGAUGUACUAGAGAACUUAAGAAAGUAAGGAGAGUUGAAAAGGCCAAAUUACAGACAGCACCUCCUCAGGCUGAGCUUUGAUGUCACGUAUAGAACUAAAUGAAGAGUGACACUUCUAUUUUCAACAAUUAUGUGACUAAGAAUUCACUCGGCAUUGUAAAGGAAAUUAAACCACUUUAACAUUCCCUUAUGUAGAAAGUGCUGUAUGCUAGAUAUACAAUAUCCUCAACUGCUUAGUGUAUUAUAGACAACAAUUUUCAGUAUGUCUUGCUUGCUUAAUUGUUGAAAUGCUGAGAGGCAGGAGAGUAUUGGAAGAAGCACAGUGAGGUGGAUGGAUGUGCAAUGCUGCUGUUGGAGUUAGCAAGGGAGGGAAUCAAGAAGUAGACUGUAAAUUUAGAGCCUUAUCAAAAUAAUAAUCGAAAUAGCAAUGGUGACAAGUUGAAAAUUAUAGUGAUUUUGUCCUUGUCUGGUGGUGAUUGAACUCCAUGUCACCUGUUUGCAUUCACUUUCAUUGCUUGUCACCAGAUGGCAGAGUGUAUGUUCGGAAAAACAAUGAACAUGAGUGAAAAGAGAUCAUGUAAGCAACUGUAUUUCCUUGCUCUGUUCUAGAAUGAAAGUAAUUGUUGAUAUUAUUUUUGCUGUUAUUAUUAUUAUUAUUAUUAUUGUUGUUGUUGCUAUUAUUAUUAUUAUUAUUAUUAUUAUUAUUAUUAUUAUUAUUAUUAUUAUUAUUAUUAUUAUUAUUAUUAUUAUUAUUGUUGUUGUUGUUCUUGUUAUUAUUGCUAAUGUAAAUUUAGUUUUUAUUAUUUUGUAGAACACAUUUUGUAUUUGAAAACAAGGACAGACUUGAGCCAUUAUUUACAAAGCAAUGGCAUUUGUCUUUCAUAUUUUCUUUCAAACACUAAAACACAGUACUUUUCUGCUACCUUCUGUAUUAUUUUUUUUAUCAUGAAUAUAGCACUACAUAUGAAUACAAAAUUAAGUUGAUUUAAGGCUCAAAGUAAACGUCCUUUCGUUGAAUAUAAAACAGGAAAAAAUCUACCGAAUGAAGAGACCACAGUUGAGUGUAGUGAAAGUAUAGAGACGUAUUUAUUCAUCACCACAAAGGAAGAGGAGAAAGAAACGAAGGUGAAGUUCCUCUGCAGCAUUUCACUCUGCUAAUGGGUAUAACGAGAUCCUUCAGUGCCAUAAGUAUCAUUGCGUCCGUUCACAACUAGCAUAAGUGGGUUGUUGCCAGCCUGCACACAGAAUGUCAUCCAGUCCCCCAGGAGCUGGAACAGGUGUUAUCUAUUGCCUGAGGUUGCCUGGUACAAAUACACUAAAAUUUUGUAAUGACGUAGGAAGCAGACUGUUCGUACUAGUGUUUUGUAACAUGAUGCUUUACUGCUGUUGUAUAAAGUAACUAACCUGUGUAUGUAUGUAGUUUUAGUUUGCAAAUUUUAUGAAUUGUAUCUUAGGCUGAUAAAAAUACUAGAGGAUUCUGUCUAAUAGUAAAGUGUAGCUGCUGACUGACUGCACACCAAAGUAUAAGAGUAAAAAUGAUGAAUAGGGAAGCAUGAGAUGAAGGAAUGGUCACUACAUAUCACUCAAUGAAUAACAGUGCAUUUAGACAAUUGAAAUGAGAGAUGUGUGUACGUUGUGGAGGACUUCAAACAGCAACAGAUCCUUUGAUUCUCACUAGGCCAUUUGAUUACCUGGUGUGUGUGUUUGCUCUACUGUAAGCCAUUCACGUAUGUUUCAGGGGAAGGCCAGUUCUUUAUAUCCAAAAACUCACUCUUAGGUUGUAUAAAGGAAACAUUCAUUGAUAUAUAUGCAGUCAUUGGCAACAAAUUGUACCCACUAAAGGAAAGAUUUAUUUGCUGUAAACAGUAGUGGUAUGAAAGGUGAAGGCAUACUAUUUUGAUUUUCUCCUUUUAUAAUGGUGAAGAGUUCAUUAAAUGUGAGGCUUGCUGGAAAUGCCUUCAGUGUUUGUUACAGUCAUUAUUUACUUUAUCAAGAGCUUACUGUAUUUUUAAACACUGAACAUGGAGGUUUUUGAACAGUUAAAAAAUCUUCCUCUUUCUUCUGUAUGUGUAAUGAUAAAAAAGCAGAAGUGGCACUUUUUAUUCCUAUCUUUAGUGUGUGGUUAUUUUCUCAAUUUUCCCCGAAAUACUAUCUUACAUAUGCUAGAAAAAAGCAAUUUUGUAAAGAAUGAGAAGGAAGAAUAGUGAUAGAAAAAAUUGCAGCUUUGUUUUAUGCAGCAUUGUGGUGUUUAUUGUACAGGAAAGACAUGACAAAGAUAAGAGUUCAUUAUUUAUAAUUAUAUAGUGGUUUAAGCUUCUUUAAGUUAUUCAGUAAUUUUUAAUCAGUAUUAUUUUGCUUAUCAGCUCUUGAUAUUGUGAUACUGAAAGAUAGAUGAAGCUGUACUGACCUCUGGCAUGCUUAGUGAACAGCCACAAUGCUUUAUCUAUUACUUCUAACAUUGUAAUAUCCUUUCUUGUUCAAACCUAACCUCAUAUGAACAUCACUAUAUCAGCCUUAGAGCCAUAUAGUCAGUUUCUUGGCUCAGUGCCUGAAACCUACUCUAACAAAUUCAGUCUGCCUCCAGAUCAGUCAUGCUAUUAUGUCAGCAUGCUGUGGAAGAUGAGAGUAAGAACUGGAGUAGUGUUAUUUACUAGAUAUUCCCUUUGUAAGAUUUUCAUGGUAUCACUAUCAAAUCAAAAGGUUAGUGACAGUGAGCAUGAACAAGAAGUAGAGCAUCUCAUGUGUUCUGUCUUGCCAUAUGUGUUCUAAUUUCUGACUCACUCCAAGAGAGAGAGCAUUACUGUAAUAACAUUAAGUGGACUUCAUUAGUACUUGAUUUCUCUGUCUAGUUUAUGCAGGGCUACUAUUGAUUUUCCGGCAGUCACCAAUUGAGCAUUAGAACUGCUAUGGACUGACUUAUGUACUUACAAGGCUGGUGGGGACAGGUAGCUCUGUGUUAAUGCUUGCCUAAUGGCCUAACGGUUUUUUAUUUGAUUGUCUCAGUGCAGUUUCUCAUUGGGAAAGAUUGUGCCCUCUUGUAACCCUUGUUGGCACUGUUCAAUCUCAUUCUUACAGUGCUCUAACUCAAUUUGACCCCAGAAUGUAGUACAUGGGAGGUUUUAAAAACCUUUCUAUGCUCUCUCAUGUGUAUACUCAAGAUCUGAACUGCUGCUAUGGCUCUUAUGGUAUUGCUAAUGUACUGCUUGCUGUAAAAUCUGUGAAUGUACUAGAUCUGUACUGUGUUUUGUGUUUCUCAUCUUGUACCUGUUAUCACUAAUCUUGGUAGUCUCAAAGGAAGAUGCUAUUGUCUGUCAUCUUCCAUGGAUUUUAGUUGGAUGUUGAUUUGAGUAAGAAAAAGCCACAUAGUGAGCUUAGAAGAAUGUAAAAGCACUGUCAUGUAGGUGAGAAAAUAUGGAAAGACAAUGUGAUACUUCUUGUCACACUGAUGCUGCCACUAACACAACAUUGACUCUGCCAUGACACCCCAUGACGACACACUAUGAAUGUCUGUAAACAGUGUCACAUUUUUCACUGAACUUCCUUCAUUUCACCUUCGAUUUGCUGAUUGACCUGUGUUCUCAUCAUUUCUACACCCAUGCUUUACCACACACCAGCAGGCCUCUCCAGGUGGAUGCAGCUUGUGGUGGAGCAACAGUUCAUUGCUUUUCCCAGUAAUUUGAUGAUCUUCCUCUGAGAAUAUGAGGUGUAUGCAAAGAUCAUUUCACUUCUUAUAAUUAGAUAUGAGACUUGUUUGAAUUUUAAUUGUAUCCAAUGUGUGCUGUAUCAGAAUUUAUCAUAUUGAGGAUUUUCUUUAUUUCUGCUGCACCCUUUCCCGUCCUACACCACUAGCUCAUCUGUUUAUUUCCUGUAGACACAUCUUUUCUCUUACCACGGUGCUCUACAUGUAAAUAUGUAUGCCAUGUAUGUACUGCAUAAUUGUACUGAAAUGUGUGUGAUAGUAUUUCUGUGCAUGUAAUGAAUAUCUGUUUCCAGAGUGUGCAGUUCAGAAGAUGGAUGAAUGUUGUACAUACUAACCAUCUGUGAUGCAGCAGACUUACUGACUUUGUACUGAAUGAAGGUUGAAAGGUCCCCAAAAUGAUCUUUGAAACCUGAUGAUCAUUUGGUCCCAAUGUCUAAGGCACUGUACUUCCAUGUCAGGGGUUCAAUCCUGUCCAGGGCGCCUCUCAUGGCUAAGGAUAUAACUCCCGCCUUCAGAUCAAUUUCUUGGUGUUUCUGUGACGCUCCAAAAGGGGUAGUGACAUUGAUGCUGUUCCAAAGAGUGCCGGAAAAUUGAUGGUUAGCUGGUAUAAGUUAUUGAGUUUCCAAGGAAGCCUAAAGUAGCCUAAGUUGUCACUGGCUGAGUAACAUGCUACACUCACUUCAGCAUGUUAAGCACUUUCCUUCACUGUCUUGCUCUGUGAUCUGCCCAGAAUGCACCGGUGGUCAGGUUGUACAAGGAGACUGUCAUCAGAUCAGAGGAUGUAUACUGAGGGAAGCCACUGAAUGCUGGAAGUGAGUACAGCAGGUAACUUGAGUUGUGAUAAUGACUGCAUUGCUUAUAACUUCUGUCUGUUACCUGAAACCAAAGCAUAAUUAUAGCUCGUAUGAAUAUAAGGAUGUUGUACAUUGCUUUGUCAGGGAUGUACAUAUGAUAUUUAUGAAUUUAACUCAUACUGCAAAAUGUUAAUGUAACCCAGAAACAAGUGCUCUUGAUAUUUAAGUGUAAAUCCAAAUAGAUGUGAUAUAGAUAUAA